GGUAACUUGUUACUGAGGGUUUUCAUUAUCAGACACACAUCUGUAAUCUGAAGCUUCUCAGCUCUUCAAGUUGUAAAGAUAGAAAUGUUACCAAACAGUACUAAUGGAAGUGAAGAGUUUUCACCGUGCAGCAGAGAUGGUGACAACAGGCUGGGAGCUCAGCUGUCCAUCCUCUACUACUUCAUGUUCGUCUUCAGUCUGCUUGGCAACGGGCUUGUUCUGUUCAUCAUCUACCGAUUCGAGAGGCUGACCACUGUGAUCAACAUCUUGCUGGUCAACCUGGUGGCGUCCUCCCUGAUCUUCAUGAGCAGCCUUCCCUUUGUGGCCGUCUACAUGCAGAUCUCUGAAUGGAUUUUUGGCUCAGCUAUGUGCAAGAUUGUCUUCAGUGCCUACUACAUGGGCUUCUACAGCUCAGUUUUCUUUUUAACUCUGCUGAUGUUUGACCAACAUCUGGCUGUUGUGUAUUCGCUGCCUGCUGCUCAUGUGAGGAAUCAACGUUACGCAGUCAUUUCCUGUGUGGUGGUGUGGCUGGUGAGCGGUUUGGCUUGCAUCAGGCCGAUGCUUUCCCUCAACACUUUCACGUAUUUAAACAAUUCAAUACAUUGUGAUUAUUAUCCCACUGAUCUCCCAAAUAUGGAUGUAGUGAUAAAUGCUGGAUUUUAUAUUCAGCUUUUUGUGUUCUUCAUCCUCCCUCUGGCUGCUAUUAUCUACUGCAACGUCAGAAUUACAAUCACAGUCAUAUCAACAAGAAUAGCUUCUAAAUUCAAGACAGUCAGACUGGUCUUAGUCAUCAUGCUGCUGUGUUUUAUCUGCUGUACUCCAUUCAGUGUUGUUGUAGUGCUUCUGGAAUAUGGACCCAAUAGCUGUGAGGAAUCACAGAAACUCGGUUACGCCUUUCAGAUCACUCGUAACAUGGCAUACUUUUACUUUUGCAUCAGUCCUUUCUUCUACACAUUGCUAGGGGCGAAAUUCCAAGAUCGUGUCAGACAUUUGUUAGUGAAAUGUUUCCCAGGAUUGAGGAAGGACAUUUCUCUGCCUGAAUGCAGCCCAGCUACCCUGCCAACAAAAAGUCCAACAAACAACAAAACCUUGGCCUGCAAUGCAUAAGUUUUAGGGUCGACCAUCGUCAAUGUUGGACUUUUCAAGUUCAAGUUACUCUUCAGCAAUGAUUGUGACAUUGUGUGUCCCUUUUGGGUCAGCUAUGUUCACCAAUCAGUAGCUCUAUAACAGGGGAGUUUCUGACCAGGUUCCUAAAGUUAGAAGGCUGUAUGUCCACAGCUCAGCUGCAGUGUAUCCAGAUCAAAUGCAAAAAGCAAAUGUAAACUAGAACAAGAUGGUGGACAACAUUCCCAUGCUGUGUUUUACUGUGUAUCUGUGUUUUACUUCUAGUUAAACACAGCAUGUUAGAUUACAUGCAACUGUUUUCACAGAUAAACAUGGCACCUUCAGGUAACUAGAAAUUGCAUCUAAAGAUGAACCAAACGUGGUUCUUCAGUUUAUUGAUAAAAAAAAAGGUUUUAUUUGUAGCCUUAAAAAUGCAUCCUCAGGUGUGCUUCCAUUUAACUCGGAUGUUGUAAAUUAACUUAAUAUGUAAUUAAUUUAUGUGUAAUGUCUAAUCAGGAAAUGGCUGUUUCCUUUGGCUUGUACAACAUUUAUGUGAUGCAAAUCCAUGUGCACCUUACCUGCAGGUGAGUUGGCAUCAUCUUGGAUAAUCUAUCUCUGCUGUACAAACCUCACAAAGUCAUCAAUAUAGUCAAUAUAGAUGUUUUUCUGACACUUUCAUUCAACUUGUUUUCUGCGGUUUUAUUGUUUUAAUGUUUGUUUUAUGUUAUGAUGGUGUAAAUUGUAAAGCACUCUGGUCAACUGCUGUUUUAAAUGUACUGUACAAAUAAA